AUGGCGAGCUCAGCAACAAACUACUACGAUCUAUAUCGUCAUGGAAGUCUCGGUGUCGCCUUGACAGACGCUCUUGACGAGCUGAUUGGGGACGAGCGCAUCGACCCGCAGCUCGCCAUGAAGGUCCUCACCCAGUUCGACCGCGUCAUCGCCGAGACCCUGCAGGAAAAAGUCAAAGCCCGGUUGACCUUCAAGGGUUCUCUCGACACAUACCGCUUCUGCGAUGAAGUCUGGACCUUCCUGAUCCGCAACGUCACGUUCAAACUCGACAAUGGCAGCCAAACUGUACAAGCCGAUAAGGUUAAGAUUGUCAGCUGCAGCUCAAAGAAGACGGAGGAGAAGUAGGAGGCUUCUAUACCUUCCGUGACAACCGAUGAAGGCCGGAGCGGAACUGGGGUUUGAGAAUAGCGUGUAUCCAUCAGGUCUCGUGGGCCUCUGGAACGGUUCAAUAACUGCACCGUAACUGGGCUGUCAUUUUCUUCAGGCUCGGAUUAUGGCUGGCGUUGGCUUUGGGGCACAUUCAGGGCAUGGACAAGGAGUCAGGGUGGGAUGGCGUUUAUGGUUACGGAAGGAUGAUAUCUGCAAAAACUAGACAUGUUACCUUGCCUAUGGUAUUGGCUUACACCUCGGAGUGGUUGGAGUAGGAUGCUUGAAGGAGCACUGCAACUCGCAGCUUUCGCUUGACAUUUGCAUUUGUAAAAUCCAUAUCACAGCUUUCUCAAAUCCCAUCCUGGGUCUUCAACACUCCCCUUCAAUGUGUUCCGUUGCUGGAGGCUUGG